AUGGCCAGCACGAAAAGUGUCUACAAGUUAUUCGUAAGGAACAUUCCCUGGACCGUUGGUAGUAGAGAGUUGCGUGGAUAUUUCUCUGAAUUUGGCCGCGUUUUCCAAGCAAACGUGGUAUUUGAUAAGAAUACUGGCCUUUCCCAAGGAUACGGCUUUGUCAGUGUAAACAAGGAAACUCUGGAAAAUGUAGAAAGUAAACGGCAACACGUGCUGGAAGGAUACAACCUCUAUGUGGAGCAGAGUAACAAUUAA